GAAAUUAUCCAUUCAUUCCUUGCUCUUGCGGGAAUAGACGCAUCCGAUUCACUUUCGGAUUAAGAGAAUCCUCGGGCCGAGUAUCCCCUUCGGUACCAAUGUGUCACACGGCACAUCAUCGGGUUGCUGGUGCAAGAUUUGGGGUGUACGCCUGGUUUUGGCCUCGAUAUACGGGAAUCGUUGUAUCCGCGCCGCAUUCGGCGCGACACGGCGCAAAAGCCGCUGUGUUUUGCCCAACAGAACGGACGCUUUCCAUACACGAUGCCAUCUCCCAUUUGUCCUUGCUCAAGAGAUUGGGGUUCCCUCUCCGCGGAGCUCAAGAUGGCUCCUGCAAGAGGCACCGACAAGGUGGUCGCAAAGUCUUAUCGGCGGUCAUCCUUAUAUCGCGCUCGUUCGCCGUGUUGAGUGUUGCGUUCCUGGUCUACGUGGUUGUGUGCUCGGUCCUUCCCCUGGCAUCCACGGAGGGUGGACGAAAAGAAAGCGCUGGUGUGCGCCUCCUUCCCGAGGUCCGUAAGCCGCACCAAGUCUUCAUGCGGAGCGCAAGUGUAGAAGCCUGAUUGUAUCGAUGCUCGUGCGACUCGGCGGGGGUAGUCGCGCUGGCGCUUUUGAGCAUGCGGCCUCCAGCACUAAGAAGCAGCCCGGGGGUGCGCGGACGAAGCCGGAA